GACGGGCUGGUUGGCAUUUUCUUACGCGGUGUAAUUACCCAGCAUCGGCUUACCCAUCCGCGAACCAUCUUCAACUGCCGGGAUUGUUCCCAGUCAUAGCGCUCGCGUCAUGACUAAGCUGGACACCCAGAAAACUACUCAAGUGGCAGUAGCCUGCCGCCAGAUGGGCAUCAAGGUAACAAGUGCCGUGCACGCGGCCAUUGUGCGUGUCACUGCACGGUUUACCCAGCACCCUCUGUCCAAGUGUUUUGUCGCCUUUGUCCCUGUCGAUUUGCGAUAUGCACUCGAUGAGACGUCCACUUCGGAAACCAAGGCCAUUUCCAAGGUUGUCCGGCUGUUCACUAAGAGCUUCAAAGAGAUAGCCCGAGACUUCGCCAUCGUUUACGUCCGCGACCUUAUACGUUUCUGGUCACCACUAUUGAUAGCGGAGAACAGGGCUGGUGAAUUUCAGGAAAGUAUAGGACUACUGGAUCUAGCAGAGCCGUACAUGCAACGAACGACGGCGCUGUUCAACGCCCCAGUCCCCGAGGGGUUCCCCCUGUUCAGGCCCCAGAACUCAGCAGUCUUGGCAAGAUGGAGUCUUUUAUUCACAAAAGAGUAUGUGGAUGAGAGCAGAGACCGAGACAAGAGCCCGAAAUUAGAGAUAGUUGACUUCUGGGUGGGCACGGAGAUGUUGACUAGGAACGUGCAGUUUCACGUCUGGAGCUGGGACGGCUCGCUCCGUCUUGGAGCGAGCUUCAACACGAGCUUCUACGAUAAGGAAUUCGUGAAUGAAAUUCCGAGUACCAGUGUGAAGCUAUGGCAGGUAUUGUUGUGUGUUUCCAUGUAUAGCUGCCUUACUAGAUGCUCGUAAGAAUGGACUCCUUCAAUCACCCCGCUAACAAUUCAAUCAUUGCUGAGCAACAUCCGUACUUUUCGCAACCUGCUCCCAGUCGUUGCAGAUCUUGAGCAUAUUCUCGCACUUGGCCUUGAUUCUCUCCCAACCAUCAGUCCCAAGAGGUAUGCGAAGGGGUAUUUCUUUACCAGCGGCCACGCCGGUCCCUUUGACUAAGUCGAUCAUGAUACCAACGGCCUUUACAGCGUCUCCAGGUUCAUUUCCCACGAUGCCCGCCUCGACAUCUCGUACAGCCGCGUUGAAAGCGGCAUAGUCCGGCACACGAGGUGGAACGUGGUUGAUAUUUCCGAAGGCGCGAGUUCGAAAGUAACCAGGCUCAACAAUGAGGACCUUGAUACCCGGCGCAAACAUAGCUAGCUCAUGUGCAAGGCAUUCGACCGCACCUGAAAAAGAUCUU